AUGGAUGCUGUGGCGGAGCUGGAGGGGCAGCAGCCGCUGCAGCUACAGCAGCAGCAGCAGCUGCAGCAGCAGAAGCAGCAGCAGCAGCCACAGAAGCAAAAGCUGCAGCAGCUGCAGCGGAGGGCCUGGCCCUCAGGGACCAAUGGGCCUAAAGCUGGCGCAUGCAGGCUGUCUAAUGGCAGCAACAGCAGCAGCAGCAGCAGCGCCGCUGCAGCCCCCUUCGCUGCUGCUUCCUCCACUGCUGCUGAUUCUGCUGCCUUUUGCAGCAACGACAGCAGCAGCAGCAGCAACAGCAGCAGCAGCAGCAGGAUUGCAGCCCUAGGAGCUGCUAUGCUGCAGCAGCUAGAGGAUGAUUGCGAAGCAGCAGCUCGAGGGGCCCGACAGAGGGCUGAAGAGUUCGCCACCUUCAUAGACGACCAAAUUGCUGAGCUGGAGCAACUGGCUAUGGAGAGUGCCCAGCUGCAAGCUGAGGUAGAAGAACUCAACGCUAAGACAGAGCAAAACCUGCGGGAGGUGCAAGUGCUCCUUGAGGAGGACAAGGCAGUAGACGCUGAGUUGGCUCGCGUGGCUGCUGCAAAGGAGAAGGUGGAGCUGCGGCUGCAAGCGGCGCACCGAAAGUUAGAAGCCACAAGAAAAGAGUUCGCGGUGGUUUCCUCGCAAGACGCGCACGCGAGGAAGGAGUGGCGGGCCAGAGUGGAUGCCUACAGAUUUACUCACGCUUUGAAAAUCUAUCAGCCUGCAGGCGAGAGGUUCACCCGCAUUUGUUUCAUGAGUCUGUACAAGGCUUUGCCUGCUCUGGAGUGUUUUGUGGACAUCUCAUUCCAGCAGCAAACUUGCCACGUCCUUUGCCUCGCAGGCGGCUAG